GCCUUCGGCCAAGAUGGCGGCUUACCUGCAGUGGCGGCGCUUCGUUUUCUUCGACAAGGAGCUGGUGAAGGAGCCACUGGGCAAUGAUGGGGCUGCUCCCGGGGCUGCGCCUGCUUCUGGACCCUCUGCUUCCAAGUUCCUUUGCCUCCCUCCUGGCAUCACUGUCUGCGACUCAGGCCGAGGGAGCCUAGUCUUUGGAGACAUGGAAGGCCAGAUAUGGUUCUUGCCCCGCUCCCUACAGCUUACCGGGUUCCAGGCUUACAAACUACGGGUGACACACCUGUACCAGUUGAAGCAGCACAACAUUCUGGCAUCUGUUGGUGAGGAUGAAGAGGGGAUCAACCCCCUGGUAAAGAUCUGGAACCUGGAGAAGAGAGAUGGUGGCAAUCCACUCUGCACUCGAAUCUUCCCUGCCAUCCCAGGGGCAGAGCCGACUGUUGUAUCUUGUUUGACUGUCCAUGAAAAUCUCAACUUUAUGGCCAUCGGUUUCACAGAUGGCAGUGUUACACUGAACAAAGGGGACAUCACUCGGGACCGGCAUAGCAAGACCCAGAUUUUGCACAAGGGCAACUAUCCUGUUACCGGACUGGCCUUUCGCCAAGCAGGAAAGACCACUCACUUGUUUGUUGUGACAACUGAGAAUGUUCAGUCCUACAUAGUUUCUGGAAAGGACUACCCUCAUGUGGAGUUGGACACCCACGGUUGUGGCCUGCGCUGCUCAGCCCUAAGCGACCCUUCUCAGGACCUGCAGUUCAUAGUGGCAGGGGAUGAAUGUGUCUACUUAUACCAGCCUGAUGAACGGGGGCCCUGCUUCGCCUUUGAGGGCCAUAAACUCAUUGCUCACUGGUUUAGAGGCUACCUUGUCAUUGUCUCCCGUGACCGGAAGGUUUCUCCCAAGUCAGAGUUUACCAGCAGGGACUCCCAGAGCUCCGACAAGCAGAUUCUCAACAUCUAUGACCUGUGCAACAAGUUCAUAGCCUAUAGCACCGUCUUUGAGGAUGUAGUAGAUGUGCUUGCUGAGUGGGGCUCCCUGUACGUGCUGACACGGGAUGGGCGGGUCCACGCACUGCAGGAGAAGGACACACAGACCAAACUGGAGAUGCUGUUUAAGAAGAACCUAUUCGAGAUGGCGAUUAAUCUGGCCAAGAGCCAGCAUCUGGACAGCGAUGGGUUGGCCCAGAUCUUCAUGCAGUAUGGGGACCAUCUCUACAGCAAGGGCAACCAUGAUGGGGCUGUCCAGCAGUAUAUCCGAACCAUUGGAAAGUUGGAGCCAUCGUAUGUGAUCCGCAAGUUCCUGGACGCCCAGCGCAUCCACAACCUGACGGCUUACCUGCAGACCCUGCACCGGCAGUCCCUGGCCAAUGCCGACCACACCACCCUACUGCUCAACUGCUACACAAAGCUCAAGGACAGCUCGAAGCUGGAGGAAUUCAUCAAGACAAAGAGUGAGAGUGAAGUCCACUUUGAUGUGGAGACAGCCAUCAAGGUCCUCCGGCAGGCUGGCUACUACUCCCAUGCCCUCUAUUUGGCUGAGAACCACGCACAUCACGAGUGGUACUUGAAGAUCCAGCUAGAGGACAUCAAGAAUUAUCAGGAGGCCCUUCGAUACAUCGGCAAGCUUCCUUUUGAGCAGGCAGAGAGCAACAUGAAACGCUACGGCAAGAUCCUCAUGCACCACAUACCAGAGCAGACGACCGAGUUGCUAAAGGGACUUUGUACCGACUAUCGGCCCAGCCUUGAAGGCCGAGGCGAUAGGGAGGCUCCAGGCUGCAGGGCCAACUCAGAGGAGUUCAUCCCCAUCUUUGCCAACAACCCGCGGGAGCUGAAAGCUUUCCUAGAGCACAUGAGUGAGGUGCAGCCUGACUCCCCGCAGGGCAUCUAUGACACGCUCCUUGAGCUGCGACUCCAGAACUGGGCUCACGAGGAGGAGCCGCAGGUCAAAGAGAAGCUUCACGCAGAGGCCAUCUCCCUACUGAAGAGUGGUCGCUUCUGUGACGUCUUUGACAAAGCCCUGGUCCUCUGCCAGAUGCACGACUUCCAGGAUGGAGUCCUUUACCUCUAUGAGCAGGGGAAACUGUUCCAGCAGAUCAUGCACUAUCACAUGCAGCACGAGCAGUACCGGCAGGUGCUCGCCGUGUGCGAGCGCCACGGGGAGCAGGAGCCCUCCCUGUGGGAACAGGCGCUCAGCUACUUCGCCCGCAAGGAGGAGGACUGCAAGCAGUACGUGGCGGCCGUGCUUAAGCACAUCGAGGGCAAGAACCUCAUGCCGCCUCUCCUAGUGGUGCAGACCCUGGCCCACAACUCCACGGCCACCCUGUCUGUCAUCCGGGACUACCUAGUCCAAAAACUGCAGAAGCAGAGCCAGCAGAUCGCGCAGGAUGAGCUCCGGGUGCGGCGCUACCGAGAGGAGACCACCCGUAUCCGCCAGGAGAUCCAGGAGCUGAAGGCGAGUCCGAAGAUUUUCCAGAAGACCAAGUGCAGCAUCUGUAACAGUGCCUUGGAGUUGCCCUCAGUCCACUUUCUCUGCGGCCACUCCUUCCACCAGCACUGCUUUGAGAGUUACUCAGAAAGUGAUGCCGACUGCCCCACCUGCCUCCCUGAAAACCGCAAGGUCAUGGAUAUGAUUCGGGCCCAGGAACAGAAGCGAGAUCUCCAUGAUCAGUUCCAGCACCAGCUCAAGUGCUCCAACGACAGCUUCUCUGUGAUUGCUGACUACUUUGGCCGAGGUGUUUUCAACAAAUUGACUCUGCUGACCGACCCGCCCACAGCCCGACUGACUGCGAGCCUGGAGGCUGGGCUGCAGAGGGACUUGCUCAUACACGCCAGGAGGGGCACUUAAGCGGCUAGUGGGAGGGGUGUGAUGGUGGAGGCCCAGCAGCAGGGACAUGGGGACAGAGACAGGGCUGUUGCACAGGAGUUAGGCAAACAUGCCCAGGACUCUGCUCUCAUCUGAUGCCAUAGCCCUCAGGACUUAAGGGGACUUUCUUUUCCUGCCUCCUUCUUCAGCCAACCUGCCAUUUGUCCUGUUGACUUUUUGAGCAGUGUAGAUCAUUCCAGACCAGAGGGGGAGGGCACCUCAGCAACCUCAGAGUCUGGACAAUAGCGGCUUUAUUCUCUAUCCAAGAGCACCAGGCUGUGCUUGGGUCCUGGCUCCCAGAGUCUAUAAAUAAAAGCAUAUAAUGAUUUCGGGGUUGAAGGAUUUAUUCUGGGGACUUCCUGGUGAUUCUUAACUGUGCAAAAUGUACUUCUUUCCCUCUGCUCUCCUAGAGCUCCCCUUCCCUUCCUACAGAGUUCCUUAAAGAUGAUGUUGACGAGACUUCAUUCCAGUAAUGAGUGGGGCCUAUGGCAUCUAGUAGAGUUCAGUUGAAGAACCUCUGCAAAGGCCUGAGGCCUGAGCCCCAAGAGCAGCCCGGACUGAGGACUCUGCUCUAUAGUGUGGCUGGUCUCUGUGGCUCUUGUAUGGACAGAGUAUUCAAGCUGGAGGCAGAUUAUGGUGGGGAGCCUUGGGCUUUAAAGCCUGCCAUCAUAAUGGGUGGGUUGGUGUCUCUCUGUAUUCAGUACCAGAUGAUAAACAGGAUAAAAGGGCCUUUAUUGAAACAUUUUGUUCCCUCUUCCAAAGUUGUCAAUUGAAGUUUGUGUUG